GCCAAUCAGAGUUCAGCUGGAAUCAGCGCAUGCUCAGUUCAAUGCUAGCGAGGAGCGUGGAACCGCUGUGUCCUACAGGAUAAUCGCCAAGAACUAGUCCUGUGUGAGCCAUGGGAGGAGAGAAGGGCGCCAAAGGAGACGGGAAGACCAAACACAAAGAAACGAAGCUGAAAAAGCUAAGUGAUAAUGAAAACGCUGGCACGGCUGAAGAUGACGUUUUCAACAGUGAAAAGUCAACCAAUUCUGUGAAAACUCACGAUGGAAAGUCUCAUAAGAAGGCCAAGAAAUCUAAGAAAGAAUCAAGAGAGUCCCAAGAGACAGUCAGCAGCCCAAGUGAAUCAUUGAAACAGGAACUAGAGGAUGGGGAUUUUACUCCAAAAAAGAGAGGAAUGAAAAGAAAGAGGAUUAAGGAUGAACCCAUCGAAGGUCCUUCACUGUCCACAGCCACACCACGUUCAAAGAGAAGAAGUGAACAACAUGAAGAAGAAGAAAGUGAUGGAGAGGCUCCAAAAAAGAAGUCAAAGAAGAAAACAGAGAAAGCAGUCAAGAAAGAGGAAGCAGAAAUGCCAGUCUCCAAAAAAAUAAAAAAGACAAAGGAGGAGAUCGAGGAGGCGAGACAACUGAAGAUCAAAAAAAAAGAGGAGGAGGAGCAGAAUCGCUGGAGAUGGUGGGAAGAAGAAAAGUAUGAAGAUGGGGUGAAGUGGAAGUUCCUUGAACACAAAGGUCCCUACUUCCCUCCUGAGUACCAGCCCCUGCCAGAUGAUGUUCACUUCUAUUAUAAUGGUAAAGCAAUGAAGCUGAGCUUGGCAGCUGAGGAGGUGGCGUUUUUCUUUGCCCAGAUGUUGGACCACGAAUACACCACCAAGAAAGUGUUCAGGGAGAACUUCUUUAAAGACUGGAGGAAGGAAAUGACCCAUGAGGAGCGAAAACUGAUUCAAGACCUUGACAAGUGUGACUUUGGAGAGAUCCAUGCCAUGCAUAAAGCCAAAGUGGAGGCCAGAAAAAACAUGACCAAGGAGGAGAAACUGGACAUAAAAGAAGCCAAUCAGAAGAUUGUGGAUGAGUUCGGCUUCUGUCUGCUGGACCACCACAAAGAGCGCAUCGGGAACUUUAAGAUCGAGCCUCCUGGGCUGUUCAGGGGCAGAGGGGAGCAUCCCAAACAGGGCAUGCUGAAGAAAAGGAUCCAACCAGAGGACGUCAUCAUCAACUGCGGCAAAGAGUCUUGUGCACCAGUGCCCCCUGCUGGUCACCGCUGGAAGGAGGUACGGCACGACAACACUGUGACAUGGCUGGCCAGUUGGACUGAAAACAUCCAGGGAUCCAUUAAAUACAUCAUGCUCAAUGCCAACUCAAAGCUGAAGGGAGAGAAGGACUGGGAGAAAUAUGAAGUGGCUCGGAAACUGAAGUCAUGCGUGGACGACAUCCGUAACCAGUACAACCAGGACCUCAAAUCUAAAGAGAUGGUUAAACGGCAAAGAGCUGUGGCCCUCUACUUCAUAGACGAGCUGGCACUGAGAGCUGGAAACGAAAAGGAGGAGGGAGAGACGGCGGACACGGUGGGUUGCUGCUCACUACGUGUGGAACACAUCACUCUACAUGAGAAACUGGAUGGCAGCGAGUGUGUGGUGGAAUUUGACUUCCUGGGUAAAGACUCCAUCCGCUACUACAACAAGGUCCCAGUCAUCCGGAGGGUUUUUAAGAAUCUUAAACUGUUCAUGGAGAACAAGCAAGCUGGAGACGACCUCUUUGAUCGCCUGAAUACAACCAUGCUGAACAAGCACCUGAGCUCUCUAAUGCCAGGUCUGACUGCCAAGGUCUUCAGGACGUACAACGCCUCCAUCACUUUGCAGCAGCAGCUCAAAGAGCUCACAAACAAGUCUGACAACUUGGCUGAGAAAAUCCUGUCCUACAACAGAGCCAACAGAGCAGUUGCUAUUCUCUGUAACCACCAGCGGGCGCCGCCAAAGACCUUUGAUCAGUCGAUGGCUAACCUUCAGGCCAAGAUUGAAGCCCGAAAAGAACAGCUGGCCCUGGCAAAGACGGAGCUGAAACAGGCCAAGAAGGAGGCCAAGACAAAAGGCAGCUCAGACCAGAAGCUGCAGACGGUGGUGGAGCGAAAGAAGGCAGCAGUGAAGCGCUGUGAGGAUCAGCUGCUGAAGCUGGAGGUUCAGGCAACUGACAGAGAAGAAAACAAACAGAUCGCAUUGGGUACCUCCAAACUGAACUACCUGGACCCACGCAUCAGUGUGGCCUGGUGUAAGAACAUGGACGUACCUAUAGAGAAAAUCUACAACAAGACACAAAGGGACAAGUUUGCCUGGGCCAUCGACAUGACGGAAUCAGACUUUGAAUUCUAACGUUAAACUUGUAGACGUCUUGUUCGCUGGCUGAAAUGCAGUUAAGGAACCAGUCACCUUAUAACACUUAUAAAUUUUAUGUGUUUUAUGUUUAUAGGUGUGUUUCUUAGAUCAACCGUAUCAAACACCACAUGUGAGCACAUUUGUUUACUGCUGUUUGAUACUUUGUAGCACUUGAAUUUGAGUCACUUUUGGUGUUUUUUUUGUUCUGUUUUUGCAUUCUCUUGAAUAAAGGUUCCUAUGGAGAACUGA